AUGAACAACGACCGCCAACCACCUGGCGGACAGAAUGCCCCACCUGAAGCCCCGGAUGCGCACGACGUGGCAGACCCCCCACAAGCCCCCGCUGCAGCAGACGGCCAACAGCGACAUCACAACCGCGAUCCUGCAGAACGGGAACGGGCACGUCAACGUCGCAAUCGGGAAGCCCCUCCUCACCAAGCACCACCGGAACCACGCCCAGAAGACCCAGAACGCAAUCGUCAAAUCGCCGCCGUCAUCGGAGCUGUCUCCAAUCAAAUCCAUGACGAAGACCGCCUCAAACCCGACGGAUCGAACUUCGCAAUCUGGCAAGACUUCCUAGACGAGCGAAUCCGGGAUGCCAUCAACGUUCCACUUUUCUUCCAUUUUCCCAACAACAAUGUCACACAUGAACGAAUUGGUCGCUCCAUUCUCCUCACAUCGGUUGAUCGUUCCUUACGUCGAGGCCUUGCUCGUCAUGCCACAGUCCACCGAAUGUGGCAAGAUAUCCGGAUCAGAUUCCACUCUGUCAGCCGUGCGGCCCAAUUGGACCUUUUCCGCCGACUGAUAACGUUCAGCAUCAGCGAUCACCCAACCACUGCCGGCAUGUCUACCCACAUCGGCGACAUCCUCGAUGAGAUGGAGACGAUCCGGAUGCCAUUCACCCGGGAUCAUCUGGCCGGCUUGGUCUUGCAAAACGGCCUAGCAUCGGAGCCAGAACUUCAGCAAGAAUUUGACCGAAGAAUUGAACACGACCUCCAGUCAGCGACAGUUGAAGAUCCCCCCAUGAACUUCGAUGAGAUGGUCCGCUUAAUCGACAUCAUCAGAAGACAACUCCGUCUCCAAAACGUCAACCGCGGCUCGACCAACACGCAAACGCCACUCGUCAUGCAAGCGGAGGUCAACACAACCCAAACUACCCCUACAGUCCCUCAAUUGCCAGGUCCGGCCCUACACCCGGACAACACACCCGACGCGCACGAUUUCAUGGCGAUGCAAGCCGGCCUGUGCUGGCAAUGCCGAUCCCCGGACCACAUGCUCCGCAACUGUCCCAUGCGAGCACGAAUAUCCCGGUCCCUGGUCGACCAGCAAGAAGCUCAGCAAACCAGCCCAGGAUCCACAGGGCCCCCACCAGCUAUGCCCCGAAUGGGUUUUCAGUCCUUUUUAUCCGAUCGUCACACCGCCGGGGUUUCAACGGAGUCUAUCCCCCAGCCUCAACCCUUCUCAUCGCCAACAAACCUCGCCGCCGUCAAACUCAACACACAACAACCAAGCGCGACCAGCGGACUACUACCGACCACCGCAGUACCGCCUACAGCGGGUGACACCACCAUCGGAGUCGAUCGGCUCUCAACGGCAAAAACCCACAGCACAUGA